AUGACGGCUUGGCUGGUGUUGUCCAGCCUACUGGUCGUUGUCACGACCUUCAACAUCGACACAAAGAAUGCCGUCGUCCACACAUCAACCGCCGGCUAUUUCGGUUACUCACUCGAUUUCUACAACGAAGAGAAAGGAAUGCCAGUGUUGGUGGUCGGUGCUCCUGAAUCCGAGACGACGAAUCCCAAUCUACGAGGGAUUCGGAGACCGGGAGCCGUUUACGUCUGCUCCGUGAACAAGGCCACUUGCCGGGAGGUGCACGUUGAUAAGAAAAGAGGUAACGAGCAUCGCUUGAAUGGCUCAACACUCGCUCCGAUCGAGGACAAGGCCUACCAGUUCUUUGGUGCUACCGUCAAGUCAAACAAUAAGCACGAUAAACUCUUGAUGUGCGCUCCCAAGUACAAGUACUUUUUCUCGAAAUUCGAAGUGAUCGAACCUGUUGGCUCGUGUUUCUUUGCCGAGAAUGGUUUUGCUGACGCUCAAGAGUUUUCUCCAUGCCGACAAGAACCCGCUCGCCAUGGUCGUCAUCGAUUCGGGUACGGUCAGUGUGGUUUCUCGGCAGCUCUCCCAGAUAGGUACACGAAAUCGGACGAGCGAACUUCAGCACGUUCCGGUUUCUUACAGGCAUUCAUCGGAGCUCCCGGAGUGUGGUACUGGCAAGGAGCAAUAUUCAGUCAGAACAUCAAAAACCUCACAGAUCGGCCGAACACCGAGUACGGUGGGAAGGAGUACGAUCAUGACAUGAUGGGCUAUGCAACUGCUAGCGGAGAUCUGGACGGCGACGGAGUUGACGACAUUGUGGCCGGUGUGCCCCGUGGCAACGAACUGGCAGGCAAAUUGGUGCUGUAUACCUCGAAGCUGAAGAUGCUGGUGAAUCUGACCGACCCGUCUUCUUCACAACAAGGGCAGUACUGUGGCAGUAGUCUAGCCGUAACCGACCUGAACAAGGAUGGGCGUGACGACAUCAUCAUGGGAUGUCCUUUCUACACUGAUUACGUCACCGUAAAAGAUGCUAAAACGCAAGAGCGAAAGCCACAGUACGACGUCGGCAAGGUCGUGAUAUUCUUCCAAACUGCUCCGGGGAAGUUUGAUCGCACGUCAGUGAUUUUGGGAGAAGACCAAUGGGGCCGAUUUGGAUUCUCUUUGGCAGCAGCUGGCGAUCUCAACCAAGACGGUUAUAACGGUACAGCUUGCGAAAAUAUUUCGUUGUUGGAGCGCCUUACGCUGGAAAGAAUCAAGCCGGAGCUGUCUACAUUAAUGCACGGUACGAAAGAUGGCGUUCGUCAGAAGUACACGCAGAAGAUCGAAGGUGGCGCAUUCGGGCCACGCAUGAAGUCAUUCGGAUUUGCUGUCGCUGGCGGUGUCGACAUUGACGGGAAUGGAAUGCCAGAUGUGGCGGUUGGUGCAUGGAAAAGUGGCAUAGCAGCUGUACUGACCACAAAGCCGGUGGUUACGGUUACUGGUCAAACAGACGCUGACAGCGUGACGAUCAACAUCGAGGAUAAGAACUGUGACGUUGAUGCCAAGAUCGGCAAGCAGGCAUGUCGUAACAUCAACACUUGUCUGCGAUAUGAAGGCAAGGGAGACACACCAAAUAACCUGGAAUUCGUGCUUCGCUACAACUUAGACGACCAUUCACCUGAACCACGAGCCUAUUUCCUUCAAAAAGACAUUAAAAGCGAUCGUGACAUAACAAUCGCUAAAGAGUCCAAGACUAGAGACCAUCCGAAUGUGAUCGAAAAGAGAGUUCGACUCGAGAAAAAUCGCCAGAAAUGCUUCAAGCAGCGAUUUUUCGCCUCGAACACUAUGAGGUAG